AUGGCUGAUAGGAUUAGCAACUUACCAGAUGAAGUUAUCUGUCACAUUCUCUCAUUUCUUCCAACUGAGGAUGUUGUUGCAACUACUGUUCUUUCAAAGAGGUGGAGAUCACUAUGGCUUUUAGUCCCAACCCUCGACUUCCAUUAUGAAAGAUAUAUUUCAUCCAACAACAACAGAUCACACUCUUCUUUUGUUCGCUUCGUAUACGCAACCAUUCUCGGACGAAGUUUUCCGCAACCCAUCAAAACCUUUCGCAUCAUAUGUGACUCUUCAGUUUCUGAUACCAUCAUUUGGUUAAACACAUCAAUGCAGAAACGCCAAGUUCAGAACGUCGAAGUCGGGUAUCUCAGUAAACCAGACUGGGUUCACUGUAAAGUCUCGUUUAGCAUUUUCAGCUCUACAACCCUUGUUGUUCUUAAGUUGCAUCGGGUGUGUUUCAAUGCUUUUCCUUAUUCUGUUGACCUUUCCACACUCAAAGCCCUGCAUUUGUCCCAUAUUGCCUUUAAAAAGGCUCAAUUUAUUGUUGAACUUCUUCAUGGGUGUCCAAUUCUUGAAGAAUUGGAAGCAAAUGUUGUACUUUGUAAUGACUACUACUAG